AUGAAGCAGCGCCUGUCGUCUCUGGAGUUUCUCCUCUGCGUUGUUUCUUCUCUGCUUCUCGUCUGUUGUGUCGGACUGAUCGUGAUCUCGUGGAUCAGCCUGAGGCCUGAAGGUGCCGUUGAGCCAGUGGUGCUGAGCGGCCGGAUGGUGAUCACAGAGGGAGCCGUGUUCUACGAGGAACUGAGGAACCGCAGCAGUCUGCUCUUUAAAUCUCUGGCCUUCGACGUCCAGCAGCUGGUGUCCAAGGCAUUCGCCCACACUGAGCUCAGACGACUCUACAAGUCCUGUCAGGUGCUACACUUCAGUCGGGGCAGUGUGGCCGUGACCUUUGACCUCUGGUUCAAUCAGCUGAUUGAUGUGAAGGAGGCGGAGCGGCUGCUGGGGGCGGGGCUUCAGGAGGCAGACAGUGGAGGACUGGUAAUCGACAGAAGCAGCAUCCAGAUCACAGGUGAGUGUGGGGUCACAGCCUCCUGCUCACCAUCUAAUACUUUCUGUGUCUCCACAGUGACGUGUCCUCCUCAUCAGGAAGCCUGUGCUAAUCGAUUAAUGUGUGUUCCGAUUGAUCGGUUCUGUGACGGAGUGGAUGACUGUCCAGACGCCUCUGAUGAAGACGCCGCUCGCUGUGCGACAGCAUGUGAUGGACAGUUUGUACUAAGAGGACCGAACGGCUCAUUCAGUUCAUCAGACGCUUCUGAGAGCUACAACAGCAGCAGUGAAUGUCGCUGGGUCAUCAGGGUCGACCGAGGACUGUCAGUUCAGGUCAGCUUCCACCACUUUGAAACAGAAGAAAACGUUGACAUUGUGAAACUGUAUGAAGGAGUGGGAGGAGUCAAACGGCUCACAGCUGAGCUCUCAGGCUCCGCCCCUCCUGGGACUGUGUGGCUGCUGACUGAUCAAUCAACUGUUGAGUUUAUCUCUGAUGAUGUCAACAACUUGUCAGGGUUCAGCGCCACCUACAGGGCAGCCAACACCUCCAACCUGUCCAACCAACAGAAGCUGACCUGUGCGUUUGAGCAAGGCAUGUGUUUCUGGAGGAGGCCGCAGGACCCGGAUGAUGGAGACUGGAUUCGAAUCAGCGGCUCCACGUUUCCUCCGCUGACUGGCCCGAGUGUCGACCACACGCUGGGAAACAGCUCAGGUUUCUACAUCGUCACGCCUCUGAGUCCCGGCCAAUGGCUGAAGAGCUUCAGGAUCUACAGCCUCCCUCUCACUCUGCCCACACAGCCCAUGUGUCUGAGCUUCUGGUACCACAUGUUUGGAGAGGACGUUCACCAACUUCGAGUCCUGCUGCUCCCGUUGUCCCUGUCACAGCCUGAACCUGUCGUUUCCGUGGUGUUUCAGAGAGACGGUAACUAUGGCAACAACUGGAACUACGGCCAGGUGACACUCAACCUGAUGACUGAGGCCAGGGUUGUGUUUGAAGCUCUUAAGAAAGGAGGGAUGAGGAACGACAUCGCUCUGGAUGACAUCACACUGACUGCUGCUCCCUGUGGCCCCGCUCCCCCCGAGCCAACCAAUGUACCGCCUCCAACGACCACGCCCCCUAUACCAGCUGACUGUGGAGGACCCUUUGACCUCUGGGAGCCAAAUUCCACCUUCAGUUCACCAAACUACCCACAAUCCUAUGGGAACAAGGCUCACUGUCUGUGGACUCUCCACGCUGCAGAGGGAAACAUCCAGCUCCACUUCUUGGACUUUGAUGUUGAAGCGACCUAUGACGUCGUAGAGGUGCGGGACGGGGCAGGGCCUAACUCCACCUUACUGGCCUUCCUCACUGGCAGUGAUGGCCCCGCCCACGACUUGUUCUCAACAACCAAUCAGAUGACAGUGUGGUUCUUUACAGACAGCUUAGGACACGGUCGAGGAUUCAAAGCCAACUUCACAUCUGGCUUUGACCUAGGGUCACCAGCUCCGUGUGCACCUGGACAGUUCCAGUGUCAGACAGGAAGUUGUAUCCAUGGCAACAGUCAGUGUAACUCUGUGGUCGACUGUCCUGACGCCUCAGAUGAAGCUGACUGUGUUGUGUUGCAGGUGAAUGGUUCCAGUCGUCUCCAGUUUCAACUCGUCUCUACUCUGUUCACUGUGUGUGCUGACACCUGGAAUUCUCACCUGUCUGACUUCACCUGUCAGUACCUGGGAUACAGGUCUGGAGAGGCCUCGCUGCUGCCGGCUCUGCCACAAGAUUCACCGUUUACAACCGUCACAGUCACCAGUAAUGGAACACUGGAAACCACUCUCAGUGAAACCUGUCACAGUGAGAAAGUGAUAUCGCUGAACUGUGAUAACCAACCUUGUGGACUUCGUCAAGUCACUAAUGUCACCAGAGAGAUGGACCAAUCAGAAGAGAGGAAAGCGGGUCCUGGUAAGGCCCGAGUGGUGGGUGGAGCUAAUGCGGCAAAGGGGGCAUGGCCGUGGAUUGUAUCUCUGCAGUGGCAGGGGCGUCAUAUGUGUGGAGCCACACUGAUUGGCCGUGACUGGCUGCUGACUGCUGCACACUGUGUCUAUGGGAAGAACAUCCACCUCCGGUUCUGGUCGGCUGUUCUCGGUCUUCAUGCUCAGACGGAUAUGAACUCAGAGGACGUUCAGACCCGACCAAUUGAUCGCAUCGUCAUCAACAGACAGUACGACAGACGAAGCAAACAGGCUGACAUUGCCAUGAUGCAUCUGCAGCAGCCAGUCAACUUCACCCAGACCAUCCAGCCGGUGUGUCUCCCUGCUAAAGGUCAGGACUUCGUAGCUGGAAGAAAAUGUUUCAUCGCUGGCUGGGGACGUGUCACCGAGCAGGGUUCCCUCCCUGAUGUUCUCCAGGAGGCCAAGGUUCCUCUGGUGGUCCAGGAUCAGUGUCAGCGUCAGUUACCUGAGUACACUAUCACCUCCAGCAUGGUGUGUGCUGGAUUCCCUGAGGGAGCGGUCGACUCCUGCAAGGGUGACUCUGGAGGUCCACUGAUGUGUCUGGAUGAUGGACACUGGACUCAGAUUGGUGUGACCUCCUUUGGGAUUGGCUGUGGGCGUCCUCAGAGACCUGGAGUCUACGCCCGAGUCUCCGCGUUCGUCUCCUGGAUCGCCCAGACCCGACGCUCCUCCACCCCACCCCCCUCCCACCUCUGA